GAGUAGUCCAUAGUGUUUCAUGGGCUCACAUUGUCGGUUCACAUUAUGACAGUAAUACAGGUGCAGCAGCUACAAACUCACUACUUGUGAGUUGUCCCUCCCAGUGCUCCUGGAACAUGUUCUCGUAAUAGUUAGUUGACCAUAAAAAUAAUGCGCAUGCGCGCGCAUUAUCGGAGGGAUAAUGCGCAUGCGCGAUCUCGAAAGUAAUCCAGUGGGUGUGGUGUUUCUGCGAGUUUCUUUGGCGGCUGAUUAGGUGGACAGCGGAACAAGAUGUCCAAGUGUCCCGCAUGUGGCAAAACAGUGUAUUUCGCUGAAAGAAAGACGAGUCUUGGUAAAGACUGGCACUCGUUCUGUCUCAAGUGUACCAAGUGUAAGAAGACGCUCGCACCUGGCCAGCACUCUGAGCACGAAGGCAAACCCUACUGCACUCUACCGUGCUACAGUGCUGUCUUUGGUCCAAAGGGAUUCGGAAGAGGUGGCACCGAAUCACAUGACUAUGACUAGGCCACACCCACCAUAACGAGGACGCUUUUCUGAUGUGUAUUAUACUUUCUUUGUGAGAUGAUGCUUUCUUGAUCCUGUAUUAUAGACCUGAGGUAUUAUAUAAUUUUCAGUUGAACUUUCAGAA